CGGACCCGGAAGCGGCGCGGCUGAGUCACGGCGGCGGCGGCGAUGAGGCAGCCGCAGCCGCGGGCGGUGUCGUUGUCAUUGUCGCUGUCGCUGUCCCCUCUCGGCGCCUGAGGAGCCGUCCGCGCCCGCCCGCCCUGCUCCCCGUGCUCCGCCCGCCGCGCUCGGCGCCGCCGCCAAGAUGAUGGAGGAGAUAGACCGGUUCCAGGUGCCCGCCGUGCGCGCCGAGAUGCAGCCGCUGGAUCCAACGGCUGCAGCUAUUUCGGACAGAGAUUGUGAUACAAGAGAGGGAGAGACUGUAGCCAUGAACUAUAAGCCAUCUCCACUUCAAGUGAAAUUAGAGAAGCAGAGGGAGCUGGCUCGGAAGGGGUCCCUGAAGAAUGGCAACAUGGGAAGCCCAGUUAAUCAGCAGCCCAAGAAGAACAAUGUGAUGGCACGAACAAGGCUCGUCGUUCCCAACAAGGGCUACUCGUCGCUAGACCAGAGUCCAGAUGAAAAGCCCCUGGUAGCCCUGGAUACAGACAGUGAUGAUGACUUCGAUAUGUCCAGAUAUUCGUCCUCGGGAUACUCAUCAGCUGAGCAGAUCAACCAAGACUUGAACAUCCAGCUGCUAAAGGAUGGGUACCGGUUAGAUGAGAUCCCGGAUGACGAGGACCUCGACCUAAUCCCCCCUAAAUCGGUCAACCCUACCUGCAUGUGUUGCCAAGCCACCUCCUCCACCGCCUGUCACAUCCAGUAGUGAGGCCGGCAGGCUGUGAUCAGUGCUUUCCACUAUAACUGUAAAACUUAACAGCCAUUGCUUCCUCCUAUGGUAGGACGUGCACCUCUUUGUGUUCAUGGAGCCAGGAGAAACCAAAAAAUUCAUUUUAUGAUUGGUUGAUAACUUAUUUUAAACUAUGGUAAAACAAAAGAUAAGUUGCUCAAUUUGCCAGGCAGUGCCUGGCAGAGCCGACUGGUCUGGAGAGCGAAUACAGAGGGGUCCAGAGAUACCUCCUUGGUUUGUUUAGGCACUGGGGAUAUUUUGUAAAGUGUCUUUUUCCAGAACGGGAAAGGUCAGGUGGGACUUCAGGUAAUCCUGCCCACUGAAACCAAUCCAUCUGUAAGAUUAGGGCAAGUUGGAGGUAUCAAAAUGUUUUACCAAUGAGAGGAAGUCAGUUCUUAAUUCAUUCACUAAACCUGUUUCAUUUGCAUAACCAAAAUGAUAUUAUAACUGGGGCACAGGAAUGGGGACGGACCAGGGCAUCCUUUCUUAUGGCAAGGCUAGCCAGGACUAGCAUGACACAAUUCAUUCACUUGCAAAAGGGACAAGUAGCUGACAUCUCACUGUGAGUCAGUACUAGCUAGAGCUGUUGUGUCACAUAACCAAUGCAAUCUACCCUUGGCGCCACAUUAAAUUACCACCAAACACAUCAGAUUCAAUCUGCAAUCCACUCAUGCACUCCAAGGAUUUGCUCAUUGCCCAGGAAUACCAUCCAUACUUGUGACUUCAGUUCAGUCACGUAUUCUGACUUCAGCCUGUAUUUAAUCUCUGUGUGACCCAUCUCCUUCCAAAAAUCUUAAACUUCGUUCAACUGAGAAGAAAUGAAUCCUGCACGAGUCAGGACUAGAGAGGUACUGAACAACAGUGCUGGAAAAGCUAGUUGAAGACAGCACAUUUUAACAGUGCUUGACUCUUGAUAUUCUCUUGACACUGUGUCUCUGGGUGCCUGUGGGAGAAACUCAUUAAUGCUGAAGUCAUCAGUGUGGUGGGGUCAGACUUGAGAGGAAUUUUCAGCAACAGCAGAGUUAUGAACAUCUUCAGCUGAAAGGUGCCCAUGAGAGGAAACUGCUGUUCACCUCCUGUCUGCCCAGUUGUGAGCCAGACAUGGUCCCAAUUCAGGAGCAGUUGGUUCUGGAAAAGUUAGGAAACCUGUUACAUUAGGCUGCUGGUCUGAGCUCCCAGUUCACCAGCAGAUUGUUUUGAAUGCAGAAUCACAUCUGGAAUUAGGAAACAUGUCCUCUCACUGGCUGCAGAAUAUGCAAGGGAUGGACUGGCAUUUUUCUUGGUGUUGAAAUCUUUUGCCGCAGGCACAAUUCUUGUGUUUUCCUGGCCUUUCAGGAGGAAGGACCACCUGCCUUGGGUCAUCACCUACUAUGUAGCCUGGGAAGGGAAAAAAAUGAGGGCAGUUCUGAGUUUCCCACCAGAAUUCCUGAGUCACAAAGUAGAGCCUGAGCUGCACCACAACAGAGAAAUCCCCAUCUAAAAUCUAUAUGAAGUGAGCUGAGUCUUUAAUAAGUCUUAAUUAGCAGGAGUUUUUUUUAACAUCCUGGAGAUUUACUCUGUGCAGUGCAAAGCUUGAUACCAGCCACAGUGUGAGUGAAAUAGCAGGCACACAAGAUUCUCAUGCUUAUUUACUUGAUGGUGUUGACAACUUUUAAAGCUGUGCUUGUCCCCUCUAAAACAACAUGGUGCCACCCUGGUUCCAGGCCAUAGAAAGAGGAGUUGAAUGGUGCUGUUUACUGAGCAUCCCUGCCUCUUCAUGCAGAAGUGAUGGUUAACUUGCCAACUCUUGUAGGGAUAGUGUUCCUCAAAUGAAUUCAUCUCCUUUUCUCACCACCUGGUAGUGCUGGGGGAAAAUAUUUCCAAAAUACAACUCAGGUAUGAGAUUGUCUGAAGGUGGGGGAAGUAGAGAGAAAGAUAAAAGGGAAAAACAUUCCUUAAGGAGUCUUUUUUAAUGGGGAAUGUAGUCAAAACCUAGUAGAAAUACCAUGGUCAAACCAAAUCCUAUAGGACAUGACCAGUGCUCUUUAAAUCUUCACUCUUCUGCAGAGGGCCUUCGCAGUUCAGCACUGGUAUCAUGGAAAGUCUUCAUCACAUUUAUCCUCCUGGGUCAGUCUCUGCCUUCCAGCCAGGCUGCACACGCUCAGCCUUUCCCACAGCCCUUGCUCAGGAGCUCGGAGCAUUUCGGACUGCCUGCUAGAACAACAAGCCAGCUCUUCACCUGGGCCAGCCACUGAGGGCUGCACAUCCCACAGGUGUCCAUCAUGCUGCCAUCAUCGAAUCAUGACACCAUCUAGGUUCAAAAACACCCUUAAGAUAUCUGAGUCCAGCUAUAACCAAGCACUGUCCUGUUCAGUCUAGGAUAGAAUGGUCACUACUUGGUGACUAUUCUAAAUGGUCACUUGCUGUCACUGUUAUCUCUCAGGGUUAACACCUCUCCUCUGAGGGACAGACUUCCACUUAGUGGACUUGGCAAUGCUGGAUUAACAGUUGGAUUCUAUGAUCUUAAAGGUCUUUUCCAAUCUGAGGAAUUCUGUGACACGCAAUGUCCCAUGGCACCAUUACUAAGUCUUUUUAUUGCCCCUGUUGCUGGUUUUUGCCUGCCAUGUGCCCUGAGACAUUCCCCAAACCUGCAACUGCCUUCAGCCCUUUGUGUUUUGUGAUGUGCAUCUGCUUCUAGCACAGCUCUUUAGGGAGGGAGAGAGAUUAAUUCAGAUGUUCCAUUUGGUGCUUCCUGCAAAUACUAAUUGAAGCACAACUCAAGUGUUUUUGCCUGUGCACAGACGGAGUUGGUUGCAGAAACAGUUGGUUUGGCAUGACAGUACAGGACCAUAAAAUGGCAAUUUUUUGGCUUCUCCUCUCUAUGCUUUGUGUUCAUAUAUUUUAUUAGGGGAAUAAUGUAGAAAGGGUGGGGAAAAGUAGUUACCUGUGUAGGGUCGUUAUUAGAAAGGCUGAGUGGCUUAAGGCAAUGCACAUGUGGCUGUCAUAGAAACUGAGCACUAAUCCUUCUGAGCUGCAGCCCCUUCAGCAGAUUAUGACCAUGCAGCAUUAUGGAAUAUUGAGGACUGCCCAUUGGUAUGUAUCAACCACAGAUGAGGCUGGUUCCCACUGUCUGGUCUCAUGUUCAGACCUUUGCUUUAGCCAGCAGGUUUUCCACAUGCCCUUGGAGUCACAGAAUGGCUAAGGCUGGAAGGGGCCACAGUGAGGUCAUCUGAUCCAGGCUCUCUGCUCAAGCAAACCUGGUUGGAGGUUAUGCUGUGGUGAUUUCCUGGGAAGAUGUGGAGAUAGAUGGCUAUCCUGGCACUGCUCUCCUUUGACCAGUCUCUGCCACUAGGGCCAGAAAAAGGCAGAAGGCAAGAGCACAAACUCUGACUCUCUGUCACAGCAUUUCUACAAAAUCUAUAGAGCUGCUAAAUACAGGUGGCAUGCAAGAAAGAAAAUCGGUCCUUCUUCCAGUCUUUGCACCAAACAAGAUGGCCCUCUCAGGCCACAUUUUCGAUCCAAGGUUGUACAGAAAACCAAGGGGAGGAACACCUUGGAGUAUGAAAGCUGUGUUGCUGUCUACCUAAAUUACCAUGCAAACAGGAUGUAAGGAUAUUGAUGCUGGUGCCUCCACAAAGGAAUUUGCAUUUGAUGUCUCCUAAAGCCAGGCUGGGUUUUUGUUAGGAUUUUAUGUAAUGUCAGUCAGCAAAUUAUGUGAGUUUCAGCAAAUCCUUUUAUCAGGUGUUAAUCUGAUAAAAUAUCAACUAGUAUCCUUGAAUGUUAGCUGGAUUUGAACUCUAGGGUCUCAGCACUCUUCCAUUUCUCUUGUCUGCAAACUCCACAUUUCCAGAUGUCUUUGAGAGGAGUAACAUCCUCCUAGUCUUGAGGAAGGUCUAUAGAUAGCGUGUUCAUGUCUGCUUUUCUAGUGUUUGUACAUAAACCUCAGCUGAAAGGAGGCUGAUGCCCAUUCUGAAGGCUCAUUUGAUAUCUUACCAGACACAUCUUGAAGUGAACCUUUGGAAGAGCUAUUGGGUGAUAUCUGACAUUGCUGCAUGUCUGUCCCUAACAUGUGUGCUUGGCCAUUGGAUCUGCUGUGCUCUCCUGGCUGUUCUGCCUACAGAUGCCUUGCAACUGCAAAAGCAGGUGAUCAUUCCUGCUGGACUUUGAGAGGAACUUCAGGACAGCUUCCCCACAGACAAGUGGACUCAGCUCCUUCUGGUUUGUUUCACCAGCUCUUGUCCCAAAAGAAGGCACCCACUGCGUUCAGCAGUUCACUGGCUGACACACAGGUCUGCCAUCCUGAGCAGAAUUCUUCCCUUUCCAUGCACAGUCUGAUCCUGGGCUGGCCUGCAGGCUGUGCAGGAGAAUGCAGGAGGCUUGAAAAAUGCAGCGCCCUAUGUGUGACUCAACAGAAACAUGAAGAUGCUUUUGAAGAAAGGAAGGACCCAGCUGGGCAACAGAUGGAAAACAGGAAAAGGAAAACAAGCAAUAACUAGAAAGAUUGCCAAGUGCUGUCUUGGCCUAGGUCAGAUCCCAGUUGUCUGAGUUGAUCCACAGAUCAGUGCAGUGCUGAUGCCAGUGGGGAGCAAAGCUUGCUUUUAGAUGUAUACACCAGAAACACCCUGUCCCUGAGCUGGCACUGCAUCCAAAUACAGCCCUGGUGGGUCUGCUGGACUGUUAGAGCACAGAAAUGAGAUCUGGGGUCCUUGCUGCUGUAGGUAUUUGCUCUAACUCAGGCAAGUCACAUCCCUUCUUGAUGUCCAUUCCCUCCUGGAGCACAUGGGAGAAACUUGCCUUCCCAAAGUGCUGCCGCCAUCCUGCCUGGAUACUGCCAAGUAUGAGAGACACUGUUGAUAGGACAGCUCUGCAAGCAGGAUGUCAAUAUAAUGCUGUAGAAAUUUAAUUCCUAUUUUCAAAGUACUGCUCUGCUUUCCCUCUGUUUACCAUCUUCUGAUGUUUCUCACGCAUGCCAGAAUGCAGCAGGGUGGAGGUCAGUACAGAGGUUAAACAUCUUCGGAGAAAGAUGUUUGUCAAGAAUAUGUUAUCCAGUUACUUGGCAGCUGAGUCUUGCACAACUGGCUUCUGAGUUUACCUGCUCCCAGAGGCAACAUGUACAAAGAUUUGGUGGCCCAACAGCACCAUCCACUGAUAGCAGAAUUAAGGAAUUUAGGAGUGCACCUUGGGAUGGCAAGUAGUGAUGAAGAGGAACAGAGAAUUGAAAGGCUCAUUUUUGGUAUAUUCCCAUGGCAGUUUCAUGCUCUUGCUUUUAGCAACCAUAUGAUAAUCUUAGCCUUUAGACUGGUGGUUCUGCCUGGGCUCCUCCUUUGCUUUUCCAUUCUCACUUCACACCUACCUGGGGUAUUGCCACUCAUACCUAGAAUGCCGUAGGCUUUGGCACCUGGCUGCUGCUUGGCUCAGCAAGCUUGGGCUGCAUGUUCAAAAGCAACAUCUGCAUAGAGGAGCAGUGCCACAGAGCUAGCUGGGAAGGCAUGGAAAGAUCUUUAUUUUAAGCUGCUUUUCACCUCUAGGCAUACUUGUCUCUUCCUUUCAAGGCUCAGCUGUGAGAGGGAUUGCUCCAAAACCACACUUCAUCAGACAAACUCACCUUUGUUACAGAACCACACAAGACCUGAAGCAGAAGGGCCAGGAAUUUAGCAUAAAGGCAGAUUUUGUGGCUGGGAUUAUCUGCAGGAGGUCAGUGGAGGUUUCUCAUAGGGUUUGUAGUCCAUAUUUUAACUUUCUGUAUUGUGCAGGUGAGCUGCUGCAUUGCUUCCCAAAAUACGGCUACAUCCCUUCCUUUGCCCCACUUGACAUUGCUGGCAGUCCCAGGAUGACAGCAGCUGAACGCUGCCUGUCUGAGCACAUCUUUGACAGCUUGCUGGGGAGGCAGAGGCUGGUACUAACUGAGAUCACACCGAGCACAGCCCCAUGGCCCAUGCAAGCAUGCAGCAAACCAUGUCACAGAGCAGCACAGACAGCAGCAGGAAAGGUUGUAGCUUUCCCUGGUGCCUACUGGAAAGCAGUAGGCACCAGGAAAAGGCCACUGAAAGGCCAUUCUAUGUCCCAUAGCUAAGAUACUUACCCUCCCAGAGCGGCAUUUCUCCCCUAGCUGUCCAUGCAGCUGUCCCAGGUGAGCUCCCUGGGAAGCACUGCUCUUCACCCAGGCUGCCUUUUUGCUUUUGUAGCCUAAAUAAGCUGCAACUCCAUUUGGUACCCACCUUCCUCAAGCCUCCAUGAUUUGGAAGACACAGUUUGUUGAGAGAUACAAUACAGACACAUGGAAAGAGCUGAAAAACUUGGGCAAGCACUCUUCAUGACAGAUCUUCAUAUCCACCCCCAGUUCACAGAUUUGUUUGUUCCAUUUCUUUGCAUGGAGAAGCUGCAGUAGCAGCUGUGUUCAGCUUGUGGCUGCCUCUGUCCUACAACAAACACCAAGCAAAAGUCAGGAAAGCCGUAGGUCAGUGAACAUGAUGGGGUGAGAAUCAGACAGGAGGCUGGGGUUUCUCUUCACCCACAUGAAGGCUGUGGGGCUGAGGAUUCACCAGGUUCAUGUAAAACCUGGUGAGAUGCAGCCUGCCAAGCCGGAUGCCUUCACCCUCCUGGCCUCAGUGCUGUGGGUCCAGGUCCCAGACCUGCCAACUCACAUGCUCCUGGUGUGGGCUGGAGUUCUGCAGCAGAAGCCUUAGUGGAGAGCCUGUUGGCUCUGCUUCUGCUGCACUGGGGCGGGGUGCUGUGAGAUGCUGGUGGGGCUGUAGUUCUGCUGGGAGAAAGACUCUGGUGGAGGAUGAAGUCUUUGCAGGGGAGACAAUUCAGAAAGUUGGAUUUUCCCCUCCCCUUUUUGCACUUUUUAAACCCUUUUUACUCCUUCCACAGAGGUUAUUGAACCUUCAGUAUAAUAAGGGAGAUGAGCUGCCAUUAAAUAGGUUUCUGAAGAGUCUGAAAGCAGGUGCUGGCUGGCGUGCAGAGCCGGUCUGUGCCUGACGUGAUUUCCAGACCUCAUUGUCCAACCUGUAGCAGAGUCACCCCAUGAGCUGAGCAAGGACUGGGGUGGGAGGGUCAGCACUGGCCAUCAUGCCAAACAGCCAUGGCUUCCCAAACUGAAGAAGAAUCAGACCAGAAAAUGGGGGAAGGAGCAACCGCAGUAGAAGGAUAGCUAGUUGUCACAAGUAAUCUUUGGUAUCCGUGUCCAGUGGUUAGUCCUAGAAUUGCAAGCCUUGUAAUAUUGCACACACGUCCUCCUUCCACUCCCCUUUUCUCAAAGCAGCCGUCGCCUUUCUUCCCCCUGCCCCAUGCACUAGUGGUGAGCAUCAGAGGCAGUUGCACCAAAGUGAUUCUCAGCCCAGUUCUGCAUCCCCCCUUCCCACCCGAACCCAAGGCAACCCGGACAGUUGUUAGCCUUCACGAGUCUAGUAAUUCCAGUUGGGUUUCUUCCCUUGUGUUUCAUGGCUUCCUUCCCAUGCACUCUAGCAGGGCAGUACAGGAGGCUCUGACAUGUCCCAGGAAGUUUAUUUGCCCCCAGCAGCACCUUGCAGACAUGCACCUUACUGGGAAUGUACUGGGUCAAUGCUGGUGAGAUCUGGCACUGCCGAUCUUAAAUGGGUGGCAGCUAAUGGGGAUCCACCCAAGGAAGUUGGCAGAAAGUGGCUACUGUCCCUUUUCUUUUCUUUUUUGAGGGAAAGAGGGAUUUUUUUGGCAUUACAAUUAUUGUCCAUCUUCCAGUGGCCAAGUUCUGGGCUGCAUUAAUAAUUGGGGUUCAUUGGCUGUCCAGGCAGGUGUGGAGCUCUGCACCAACCUUAAUAGCAAAUGUCACAGCUGUAGCCAGAGCCUGUGUACAGUAUGAGUUUCUUCCAUGCUGGUAAAGUACUUUCAGCAGGCUCCAGAUGGACACUUCUGGCAGACAGAAAAACAGCACUCCUCCAAGUCCGGAUCAAAUCUGCACUUCCAUUUUGUGUCCUCAGCAUGGGAAAAAAAAAUCAACCUAAGUAAAUGCCUUCCAGGUCUCCAUUCCCCGUGUGGUGCCUGGUGCCCCAGGGGAAGGGGUGGUGGGAGGUAUUUCAAGGUCACCAAAAGCAAGAUCGUUUUUGGAUUUAUUUAAUGGAAAUACAUUUCAGGGCGGGAGACCUCCCGACCUUUGUGUUAAUCACAAGAGCAGGAGAUGAAUUUCUGGCUGUCCUUGCAUAUAGUGAAAUAUAACUGAAACAGCCAAACACAAAUAGAGUUAAAUGUAGGGUUUGACCUGAAUAACCUUUUAAUUAGGAAGAUAAAUUUGUUGUAGCUUGACCUUAGUCCUUGUUAGGAACCUGCUAAUCAUUUGACAUGCAGAGUGUAUUAAUGCUGCACUUAACUUGGCCAUUGUUUUUUUUAUCUGGUUUUGGGAGUUUUUUCACUCCCAAAGCAUCAGUCUGCAUCUUGUAUGGGUUUUCUUUUGUUCCCUUUUUUCCCAUUCAGAUCAUGUAGCACACUGUUGUACUUUUGUUCCCGUCUGUGUAGAGUAUUGCCUUAAACAGAUCAGUUGUGUUAUGGUUUGUUUUGGGUUUUCUCUUUUCUACCAUCAGUUUUAUGCAUUAAUUUAUUUUAAAAUGUGGGGGUUUUUUUCAAAAACAUGAAAAAAGUGUAUAAUAUUUUUUUUUAACAUUUCCAUUGCAGUAUUUAUCAUUGUUACUGGUUGUGUGUAGUGUAACAGAAUUAAUGAUAUUAAAAAGCAUACAUAUGAAAA